AUGGAACCUAGAAAAGAUGACGUUCGCUCUGCUGCUCAAAGUUCCAUUCGUGGGUCCUCAAGCUCAGCAUGUGCCAGUUAUCCCAUUCCAGAGUACCCUGUUGCAGGCACCGUUAAGCCUGUCCUUAAUUAUUCAAUUCAAACCGGGGAGGAGUUCUCUCUUGAAUUCAUGAGAGCUAUACCCAAGAAACAUCCUGUUCCUGGUAUGCCUCAUAAUCAGAAUGUCACUUCCAGUGCUGGUCACAAAGAUUCUAGAGUAAGCCUUGGUGCUCAUCGCACAGGAGGUGAAACUAGAUUUGAUGCAUCGAUAUUUCUGACCUCAGAUAACCAUCUACCAGAUGAGGUUGAAAGAAAACCUUUUUCUGAAAAUGAAAACAGAAGAAGGCACAUGUCAAGUACGUCAGUUCCACGAGUUCCAUCUGGUGGUGGAAGUAGUCAGGGACUGUCCCGUGGCUAUGCUUCUUCUGAGGCUUCCGAAACUUCCAGAAUGAUUAAAAUUCUCUGUAGCUUUGGGGGGAAAAUAUUACCCCGACCGAGUGAUGGAAAGCUUAGGUAUGUUGGUGGUGAGACCCAUAUAAUUCGGAUUAGUAGGAAUGUUUCCUGGCAGGAGCUUAAACAGAAGACAACUGCCAUAUAUAAUCAACCUCAUGCUAUCAAGUAUCAGUUACCCGGUGAGGAUCUUGAUGCCUUGAUCUCAGUUUCAAAUGACGAAGAUUUGAGAAAUAUGAUGGAAGAAUGUGGUUUGCUUGAUGGAGAUGGGUCCCAGAAGCUUAGGAUAUUUCUUGUUUCUUCUAUUGAAUUUGAUGACAUGAGUUUCAGCCUGGGUAGUAUGGAUAGUGAUUCUGGGAUCCAAUAUGUUGCUGCCAUCAACGGGAUGGAUGGAAUAGCUGUGAAUUCAUCUAGUGGCCAGGGUUUAGUAAAUACAUCCAUGAAUGAACCCGAUCAGUUCAUUAAUCUCAAUUUUGAUAGUAGGCUGACAAACUUAAGCAGAGAUGGUUCAAAUUUGCAUGCAGUGAAUGCGUCUACUUUCAUGCCUCCAGAGAUGCUCUCAAGACCAGUGCCAUCAUCUCUAUACAGUGAUAAUACUGCAAAUUUGCGCUCUUACUAUAGCCAUGGGGUGCAGAAUUUGCAGGGUUCUGAUUACUCUAACCCAGCUACCAGUGAAAGAUUUCAUGAUAGUGAGGGCCAGAGGAUGCAGAAUUUGCAGGGUUCUGAUUACUCUAACCCAGCUACCAUUGAAAGAUUUCAUGACAUUGAGGGCCAGGUAUCUAUUCCUCUAUCUACACCUUCUGAUUAUAGAUAUACGUCCCAGUAUGCACCUUUCUCAGGAACUGCUUCACAGCGAUCUUUUGAUCAACAGUUUUAUCAGGAUGCUCAGACAGAAGCAUCAGUGAAGGAGGAAAAGAGGUUUUCUGGUAACAUGCCUAAUCAAAAUAAUGAACUAGAUUACUUUCAGUCGCUUGAAAAUCUCAGUGGCCAUACGAAGCAUCAUGAUUCAUCUGCUUCAAACUACUAUAUGCAUUCAGGAGCCCCCCCUGCUGCUGGUAUUCAAGAAGGUGUGACAUCUUCUCUUCAACCAAGUGACAGUGUCAAGAGCCUAGAGACUUGUUCCAUGCCAAGAUCUAGGUCGACAACACAGGGUUCAGAUAUCAGCGAAGACGAUCGCCACUCUGGUGGAGCUUUUGCAUCUGACUGUUCUGACUUUCAGGCUGACAUGAUAGAUCACAGCUAUAAGAAUCCGUCUCCUCACCCUGGGCGAGUUUUUCAUUCUGAGUGGAUUCCUAGGGAGCAAGCAGGCUUUCUGAACCGGCUAUCUAAAUCUGAAGAUUCACUUAAUCCUGAACUUUUGAUUCGUCAAUCGCAGUCUGGCGUUGCAAGUGAACACAUUGCAGAAAAUAUUGACUCUGCAGAGGGGACUGAAAAACCAAAUUUAGCUGCCCAGGCUAUAAAUCUGAAUGAUCCAGCUGUCGAUGAUAGUCUCAUACAGUUUGAGAAAGGGUUUACCAACACUGUACAUCAAGCUUCUCCAUUUAGUGAACAUUUGCUUGGUGAAAAGAGGUCCUCAGAUGACACGAGCAAUAGAAAUGUGGAGAAAGUUAGCCAUGCAGCUGAACAGGUUGCAGCUAAAGGCAAACUUGAUGAGGAAUCUUCUCAAGAUGUAGAAACAACUAAUCAGCUGGGUUCUCAUGCUGCUGUGCCACAUCAUAUUAGUUGGGAUGCUCCUAAGCCAACACUGCCAACUGAUUGUGAAUACGAUCCUGUUGUACCGUGUUCCACCAGCUCUGUGGAUGUUUCUCACAAGGAAACUAUUAUCCCAAGCACACAGAAUAGAGACAUUGCUGGUAGUACAGAGAGGACCUCCCCUGACAUUCUUUCUGAUUUCUUUGCAAAUGCUAAUUCUUCAGCACAGUCAUCCAGUCCUUUUAUUGAUCCUAUCCAUAGCCUGAAUAUGCCUAAUUAUGAACCCCAGCGGUGGUCAUUUUUCAGAAAUCUUGCACAAAAUGAGUUUCCAAAAAAGGAUGAGGCCCAAGAUCUGGCAAAGAUCGAGGAGGGAGUUUAUCCCUUAGAGCAUGAUACAACUAAUGUGAAGAAUUUGGCUCCUCAGAGUGAUGCCCCUGUGGAAGUGCCUCCAGUAGCUUCCCCCACCAAUGUUGAUCCUAGCAUUUCACUUCCUGGUUUUGUCUUAUCACAGAUUGACAAUCCAACGACAACGAAGAACGUUGAAGGGUUCCAAGUUGAUAAUCCUUUUACAAAUAUGCAUGAAAUGAUGCCAUCCCAUCUAGAUUUUGAGGAACAGAAGACUGAAGAGGGUAGGGCUGUUGGACCAGUCAUGGAUGCUUCCUUUAAAGACAAUGAUUUUGAAUACUUGCAGAUUAUCAAGAAUGAAGACCUUGAAGAGCUUAGGGAACUUGGUUCAGGCACAUUUGGAACUGUAUACCAUGGAAAAUGGAGGGGCAGUGAUGUAGCCAUUAAGAGAAUAAAGAAAAGCUGCUUCACAGGACGGUCUUCAGAGCUAGAAAGACUAGCGCACGAAUUCUGGCGAGAAGCUGAAAUUCUUUCAAAGCUUCAUCAUCCAAAUGUUGUGGCAUUUUAUGGCGUUGUGAAAGAUGGGCCAGGUGGUACAUUGGCAACCGUGACUGAGUUCAUGGUUAAUGGUUCUCUUCGACAUGUUUUGCAGCGCAAGGACAAAUAUCUCGAUCGUCGUAAGCGGCUUAUCAUAGCAAUGGAUGCUGCAUUUGGCCUGGAAUAUUUGCACUCGAAAAAUAUUGUGCACUUUGACUUGAAGUGUGAUAACUUGCUCGUAAAUCUUAAAGAUCAAUCACGUCCCAUAUGUAAAGUUGGUGACUUUGGCUUGUCCAAAAUAAAAAGAAAUACCUUGGUUUCAGGAGGUGUGAGAGGGACUCUCCCAUGGAUGGCUCCAGAAUUACUCAAUGGAAGCAGCAAUAAGGUGUCAGAGAAGGUUGAUGUAUUUUCUUUCGGUAUUGUUAUGUGGGAAAUCCUCACUGGCGAAGAACCAUAUGCCAAUAUGCACUAUGGCGCAAUUAUAGGGGGCAUUGUAAACAACACACUGAGGCCACCUGUGCCAGCUUCAUGUGAUCCGGAGUGGAGAAGACUCAUGGAGCAGUGCUGGGCUCCAGAUCCGGCACAGCGCCCAGCUUUCACAGAGAUUGCUGGACGGCUUCGCUCCAUGUCAGUUGCAGCAAAUCAGGCGAAGGCAACCAAAUAA